AGAGAGAGAGAGAGACGUGUGAUUUCUCUUUGUACUGAAUGAAGAGUUGAGGCCGGCUCUGCUUCUGCUGCCUUCUCUUUUUUAUAUAAGCAGAGUUUGCAUGCUGUAAAUAGCCCAUUAAGCCGGUUACACUUUACGUUUCCCCGUAGCCGUCGGUCCCCUUUGCGUUGCGGAAGCGAACAGUGGCUGCAAAUGUCCCUUUGAGCGAUUUUUGGCAACAAAAGCAUCAGGUCCGGCGACGUUCCUUCUUCUUCGGGGGGAUUUUUCAAGUCAAAAAUUUAUCAGCCGGGAUUUUUUUUUUUCGUUGCGGAAAAGCGAAGAGCCGCUCGUCCACACACCGUUUUCUGCCUCUUUUCUGCCGCCCCGUUCACUCUUCUGCACCUCCGGGGGGAUUUUUCUUUUCUUUCCCAAACCGAGCGACAAUGGCAGCUGUAACAAGCCCGGAGACGAGCCCUCAACCCCGGGUAUAUUUCCAGACGCCGGCCGGCACUACGGAGGAACCGGAGACACCGGUUCGGAAGCAGGGGCGCGUUACCGUCAAAUACGACCGUAAGGAGCUGAGGAAGAGACUGAACCUGGAGGAGUGGAUUAUCGACCAGCUAACGGACCUCUACGACUGUGAGGAAGAGGCCAUCCCCGAGCUGGAGAUAGACGUGGAUGAACUGCUCGACAUGCCCAGCGAUGUUGAACGGGCAGCCAGGGUCAAGGACUUACUGGUUGACUGUUUUAAACCUACUGAGGACUUCAUCUCAGAGCUGCUGGACAAGAUCCGAGGGAUGCAGAAGCUCUCCACGCCUCAGAAGAAAUGAUGGCAUCCCUCCUCCUCCUCCCUCUCCUCCCCUCCUACAUAUUCCCUUCCACCUCAGCCCUCACCUCUCCGUCUUCCUGCCACAGCUCACGCUUUUCUUUUAAUGUCUGUUUUCUUCCAUUGACGAUCAUGAAAUGUUAUAACUGAACCUUGUUUCUGCUUCUAGUUAGACCCUCUGUGCUCUUCUCUGCUUGCCUGGAUCCAGCCCCAUACGUCGCUUUUCUUUGUUGUUUGUUGGACUUUGUUCAUAAAAACCAUCAGCCAAGAAGAAAAAAAAAAAAAAAUUAAAGAAUGAAUCAAUUUAAAAGCGACUCAUUGGUCUUAAUCCAGGCGUUCUCCUUCCUUUUCCUACCCCUACCCCUCUCUCCACCAUGGUUUUUUUUUUCUUUUCUUUUUUUGGCUCUGCUACCCUUUCCCAUCCAGCUCAACUUCCUCCCACCCUCCACUACACCAUCUCCCAUCUGUCUGAGGAGGAAGAGGAGAUGAGUCCCAUAAUUACUGCGAGCAGAGUGACCAAGCGCGGGAAGAAGAACAGGAGAGAGCGAGAGCCAGCAGCAGCCGAAAAAAGAGGAGGAGGAGGGGGGCUGGAGGGAGGAAGCAACCAGUCAACUCGCUCAUGUCUCCACCUAUCUUUAUGUUGCUACUUUUGAGGGUUUGAAAGUUGACCCAGCCGCCCAUUAUAAUUCUUUCCAUACUUCCUGGUUCAAUUUGAGGGCUUUACUUUUAGUUUUUUUUUUUUUUUUAAUUAACUCUUUCGGGGAUCAGUACAGUCUUUUGCUAAUUAUCCCCCUCAAUCAGAGGCAUUGCUGCAGUGGUGCAUUUAGAGACUUUCCUUUUUUUGUGAGUGCGUGCGUGUGUGUGUGUGUUUGUUUGUUUGAGAAGUCUGCACUAUGUCAUUUUUGGGGGAAAAAAAAAAA